UGGCAGUCACCGGGUCAUGGCCGGUGAUUACUCACCAGCACCUGGCAAUCACAGAGUAUCUCCAACGGGGAGAGACCUGUGUAUAAACAAUACAGAUCUCUCCCCUGUCAGCUCCUGCACACUGCUUUGUAUGGCUCUACUUACAGUGGAAAACACUCACACAGCACAGAGUUAACCCUUUGAUAGCCCCACAUGUUAACCCCUUCCUGCCCACAGUGAUGUCAGUCAGUGCCACCUAUCAGUGCUUUCUAUCAGUACCCAUUAUCAGUGUCGCCUAUCAGUGCCGCAUAUCAGUGCCACCUAUCUGUGACACCUCAUUAGUGCUGCCUAUCAGUGCUGCCUAUCCGUGCCACCUCAUUAGUGCCGCCUAUCUGUGCCGCCUAUCA